AUUUCGGUCGAUCAUUAACAUAUCUAACCUCACUUCGGUGAGAUAGAAAGAUAUUUGGCGGGGUUAUCUUUAACGGAAUGAAUAAAACAUGCGCCGUGACCUUGAUGAAUAAUACGCAUUUUACGUUGCUUUUAAAUAGCUGGUUUGUUUGGUUAAGUUGGGGAUUGAGAAGAAUUUUGCCGAAGAUGUAACAUACUUUUAUUAAGGAAAAAGUAGGCUAUGAAAAGAAAUCGACGUGAAGUUAUGCGGUAAUCUGUUAAGUGUCAGUAGGUAACCUAUAAUUGUUAAGUAAUCAACAUGCACUCGAUUCAAUUUCGACAUGGAUUAUCAAGAUGUUUGGGACGUUACUUUACAAGUUCAUUAGCAAAACCAAUGACAAGUACAAACCUUGAUCCAGUCCAAGAAGAAUCUUUGAAAGAAAAUUGUUUGCUGGUGGAUAGAAAUGAUAAGGUUGUUGGGGUUGCCUCAAAAAAGGAAUGUCAUUUAGUUAAAAAAGAUGGAUCUUUACCACUACACAGAGCUUUUAGUGUGUUUCUUUUUGAUCAAAAAGGAGAUUUAUUAUUACAAAAGCGAGCUUCGACGAAAAUAAUGUAUCCAGAUCAUUACACAGCUUCAUGUACUGGACAUCCAAUAGCAGAACAUCCUGAGGAAAAGAACGAAAAUAACGGAUUAGGAGUUAAAUUAGCCGCUAUAAGACGUUUAAAAGCCGAAUUGGGAUUUACGACCAUCGAACCCUCUGAGAUAACUUACUUAACGCGUUUAUAUUAUCAUUGUUCCGUCGAUGGGAAAUGGGGUGAACAUCACAUCACCUACGUUUUGAUACUUAAAAAGGAUUUGAAUUUAAAACCAAAUCCAGGGGAGAUAAGCGAGUUUAGUUUGAUUCCAAAAGGCGAAUUAAGUCAGUUUUUGCCCACUUUAAACGCACCCCUAACACCGUUUUUCAAUCAAAUUGCGAAACAUCGAUUGCUUUUGUGGUGGAAUAAUUUGGAUGAUUUAAAAUCGAUUACUAAUCAGGAGGCAAUUUCAACCGUAGAAGGAUGCAGUUAAAUUAAUUUUUUUUUUGUAAUAAAAUUUGAAAAUAAAGUUAAUAUUUCAAUCA